AUGAUAAAUCCAGAUCAACAUACUACUCUUGAAACAGUUUCAUUGACACUUAGAACAAUGAUUGAUACUCGAUUACAAUCUAUGAAUAUAAAAAAACAGACAAGUUAUUUGAUUCAUCGUGAAAUGGAUGUUUUACUCGAAUCUGUUCAUCAUGUUCAAAAAUUGGCUCUACAUCAUCAUCCAGCUUAUCAAACUCAAUUGAUAACCUUGACUAAUCAUGCUGAUAGAUUGGUCGAUGCAUUAAUGGCAUAUGAUGUUGGAGAUAUCGCAUGGCAAUUGGAUGGAUAUCAAAAUAUGAAAAGGGGUAAUCAAGAAGACUUUUCAUUUAGUAGCCAAUUUGAUACAAUGGGACGAAGACUUAAAAGGACAUUAUCACCCUUUCGAAAUCAAUCAUCCUAUUAUAAUAGCAGUAAAGAUCGACGGCAAUUCAAUGCUUGGCAUGGUUUCACCAACAAUGACAACUCUAAUUCAGGACGAACAAAUAAAUCUGGUCUCAAGAACCUUUUCAUUUCCAAAAAAUCUAGUAGAUCAAGUUUACGUGAUCUAUUCAAUUCUCAAAAGAAACGUGAUACCCCUGUUAUGAUUGGUCGUAAUAAUGGUUCUGAGACAUUACUGCCUGACAACUUGAAUGACUCCUUUUAUAAAAACUCCUCACAAAAUGAUUCUCACGAGAAAAGAGAAAUAAAAGGUCGACACUCCACUUCAGCGAUAUCUUCACCGCCAGCCAACAUGAUUCAGCGGGAAAAGUCGUCCCUCUUUUUACCCUUUGCAACCAGGACAGAUUCGCCUCCUCCUCCUUCCACUCCUUCCUCGUUUUCUCCUCCUCUUCCUCCUUCUUCGUUUCCUUGUCAACAUUACUAUGACGAUCCUUACUUUUUUAGCGAUACCACUACAACAGAAGAACAAGAAUCAGUUCCAACUUGUACAACAGCUUGCAGCAAACCGGCUACUAUCUGUUCAACAGACUCUUCUUAUUUUUCAGCAAAAUCAUCUUCUAUUCACUCUGUAUUGGAUCUUGCAUACUCUUCUGACAAUUCUUCUACUAUACAAGAACAACUACAUUCUGAUUUCGAAGAUGACCAACUGGAAGCUCUAGCACUAAUGAGUUUAGAUAAUAAUGAUCAUGUAGAAGACAACAAACCACCGCCUUCACCAAUCAUUACGACAACAGCAACUUCAAAGAUAACAACGAAUAAGAAGAAUAAGGCAAUACAACAAUUGUCAGGUCCUCCUCCUUUACAUCAACCCGGCCAGCCCAAAAAAUCGCGUGAAAAGGAUGGAUCCCUUCUAUAUCACGUAUUUGAUGCCUCGGGACGUAAAAUCAUGGUAUUACAGAUAUUCGCUGGGAAACCCCAAGUUGUAGCAGCAACCAAAGAACAACUCUUUUUGAAACUAGCAGAUGAAUCUCCUCAAGACUUUGAUUAUGUGGAUGCAUAUUUAUUGAAUUAUAAGAGUUUCUCUACUUCGAAAGAAUUCUUUGAUAAUAUUAUGGCACGCUUUCAUUUGGAACCUAGUCCUGGUAACGAGGAUUACUUUGACCAAUGGCAACGUCGAAUUCAAAUCAAGACACUGAACAUAUUAUUUCGCUGGAUCAAGUUACAGUAUUCCGAUUUUCUCCAAGAUGAAUCCUUACUUUUACAGCUUGAAGAUUUUUGUGAUAACGAUCUGCAUGAAGCGAACUUUGUGACCGAAUCAGCUAUGAUCAAGGAAACUCUGUAUACGCAGGCUUGUGCAAAUCGUAAUUCAAGCUUUAGUGAUGAACGUGGUCCUCAUUGUUCAGUCCAUGUACCAUCAGGUCAGAACCUUGCCGGAUCAUCCAUGACAAACUUAUUUUCGAAUGUGGGUGGAACAACUCCUCCUGGAUCACCUGUUAUUCUGGCUUAUCCUUCUCGUUAUCGACAACUUCAACAUACUACCAUCAGCCCAUUCUUAUCACUAGAUGCAAAGGAUAUUGCAAAAUAUUUGACCUUGGCUGAUCAUCACAUUAUGAAACAGAUCAAACCACACCAAUAUUUAGACAAACACUGGCGUGAUACUCAAUAUGACGAUUUAUCUUUUGCUACUUUGGAGGCCAGAGGCGAUUAUAUUGGUAUCUCCACCAAAAGGACAAAUAUGAUGAAUCAUUGGGUUAUUCAUGAAUUGACAUCAGCAAAAUCAUCCAAACAAAGACGAAUCAUAUUACGAAAACUGAUAGAAACUUCCAAGCUUUGUCUCGAAUGGAACAACUUUCAUACAUCCAUGGUAUUAACAAUGGGUCUUUUAUCGCAACCGGUUCAAAAGAUGGAAGAAACUUGGCAAUCUCUUCCUAGUCGGGAUCAAGCUACAUUCAAUACGUUAGAAAAGUUAAUGGAUGUUAGUCAUAACAUGGCUCAAUAUCGUCAGGCUUUGAAAGAAGGUCUACAUCCUGGUUUAUUCAACAACAAACGACGAAAUACAGCAGCUUCUAAUCAAACCGAUACAGGCGGACUUUCAUCAUCAUCAUCAUCAUCAAUAAAAGAUCAUCAUCUCUUUACUGGAUCUUCGCCUUUAUCAAUUGCCUCCAAUACCUCCUUACCAACUUUGUUAUUCUUUCCCAUGGUACUAAAGGAUUUGACUUUCUUGAUGGAUGGAAACCCGACUACUUAUGGCCAAUGUCAUCCUUCUAUUGAUGAAUCUGACAAAAAUGAAGACGACGAAGACAAACUGAUCAACUUUGCAAAAUUCUAUCGACUUGCUCAAUAUAUCACUAAAGUGGUUCAAUCGACCUCUGGAAAUUAUUGGUUUGCUGCUGAUUACUUCCCUUUCCUACCAAGACAUAACAUGGCUAUGGACUCUAUUUACAAUACUACUGCUUCUACUACUGCGGCUGGAAAUUGUAUCUCAUGCUCAUCUACUCGGACUUCUCUUUCGACCUCAUUUUCUUCUUCUUCCAUCGCAGGAAUUCCUGAUCAUCAGACUUCUUUUUCUCUCAUGUCUCCUUCACAAUCGUAUUAUUCAACCUCGUCCUUCUUUACUCAUCAACCACACCAAUAUUAUCAUCAUCCUAUUAAUGCUCAACAAUAUCAUUGUCCAUCACCACCACCGCCAUCCUCAUCUUCGUUAGAUUAUGCUGCUGAAAUCAUAGAAAAUCGUAUCCUUAGUGCAUCAUCUUAUUAUGAUGAACAUUCUCAUGUGAAUUCCCCGUUGAUAUCGUAG